AACACUAUCAUAUCGAUAUAUAUACUCUUCAUCUAAAACACACAAAUUCUAUAUCUUCAAUAUUUCCUCUAGGACGCAUUACUUAGUUCUUUGUAUUCAUUCAUAUCAAAACACACAACCAUGGAGAAGAGUUUAUUGUCUGAGUGCAAACAAUCAUCUUCCCUCUUUUUCUUUGCUCUGUUCAACUUGUUCCUCAUCAGUUUAGGGAGAUGGGUUUCUUCUGCUCGCAUCUUUUUGUCCAGAUUCUUGCCUCUUCUUCAACACCAUCAACGUGUGAGGAACCAAGACCAGACUGUGAUCACAAACAUAGAAGAGCAAGAAGAAGAAGACGAAGACGAUUAUCUCUCUAGAGAAGACGCAGAGAUGGUUAUGAGAAGCUUAGGUCUUUCUGCCGACCAAGAAAGCGACGAGCUUCAAGAACGGUACAGUUCCAAGGAGAUGUCAAGUUUGUUCGAGGAGAAAGAGGCGAGCUUGGAGGAAGUAAAGCAAGCUUUUGACGUGUUCGAUGAAAACAGAGACGGCUUCAUCGACGCUACAGAGCUGCAGAGAGUUCUGACAAUCUUGGGUUUCAAAGAAGGAUCUUACCUAGAGAACUGCUCGGUUAUGAUCAGAUCGUUAGAUGGAAACAAAGACGGAAGAAUCGAUUUUAACGGAUUUGUUAAGUUCAUGGAGAGUAGCUUCUGCUAAAAUCAUAUGAUUAUUAUUAUUCUUUUUCACCAAACGUAUUAAUUUUUGUUCUUAAUUCUUCUACUUGGGAUGUGA